AUGCGGGGGGGUGGUUCACCUAUUGCGGGCGGCGCGCGGCGGCACAAGGUGCUCGCGCCAUGGCGCUUCCAGAGCGGCUUCGUGCGGCGGGAGAUGAACGCGGGCGUUCUUUCCGAUGGGAAGAGCGGCGGCUUGGAGACGCUCCAGAUGAGCUGCCAGACGGCGACGAGUGACGUGCCCUCCGUCUCCCUGAACGACGGAAGCGGUGUGGAUGGGGAGAGACCCGCGACCGAUGGGGAAAUCGAGGUUCCGAAUAACAGAGGUGGCGGCGCGGUCGACGGAGAGAAUCGCGGCUUGGGUAGUGUCGACGGCAAUCCGGCUGCCAAAGAGGCCGAUUCACUACCCAAAGAUGGCGGAUUUCCUGUGGGCCUUGAGAACGACGGAGUCACAGCAGAUCCCCAUGGGAUGGCCAAACCAGCUAUCUCCCGGCCACACAAAGGGUGCAAGACUGUUGUGCCAUGGAGGUUCCAGAUCGGGUACGAGCCAAAGUGGCCACAAGGUUUAUCCUCAGGAAAUAGAUCUAAUGGAGAAGCUGAAGAUCCAACAUCCAAGGUCGGAGAUGGAUCAAGGAAGGAUGCCCCUGCCAUGGCACGCAAUCACUCUCGUCUCAAAGGUUCAGCUACUAGUGGACGAUCUUCAGUGAGAAUUCCUGAAGGAACUGGUUCAGCACCAAAGAAGAGGAAAAUUGACAAGGAUGACCAGUAUGAAGCGACGGCAAAUAACAGAAUUUCCGUGGUCGGAGAAAAUGUAUUGACUACAUUGCUGGAGUUUCGGAUAAUUUACAAGAAGCUCCUGGAGGAAGAACAGAUCAAGUGGAGGGAAAGGGGGCAUGGUCUGAGCCCUGAUCUUGCAGCUUUCAAUAUUUUUAGGGAGAGAUUUUGUGCCAAUUACGAUGACCUGAAGUAUGACGGAAGCAUUCCUGGAGUUCGUAUUGGUGAUGUGUUCAAUUCUGUCAUGGAGCUUUACAUUGUUGGUAUACACCGUGCACAAUCGUUAGCAGUUGAUCACAUCAAAAAGAAGGAUGGGACGUGUCUAGCUGUUAGUGUCGUGUCAUAUGCACAACCUUCUGCUUUUGAUAGUUUGGAUUUCCUGUUACACGUUGGAUCAGUGACUGACACGUGUGAUCAGGAAAUGGAAGGAACUGACAUGGCACUAAAAGAGAGUAUGGACACUGAUACGCCUGUCCGCGUUGUCCAUGCAGUGGUAACGGACCUAGUCUCUCAAAAAUGUGCAUGCACGGUAAAAAAUGGAGGGGGCUUCCAUUUCAAUGAUAUUGGUGGACUUACGGAAGGAAAACCUCUUAUUUAUGAGUGUGGACCAUCAUGCAAGUGCCCUCCUACUUGUCGCAAUAGAGUUAGCCAGCAUGGAAUCAAGUUUCGCCUCCAGGUCUUCAAAACCAAGUCAAUGGGAUGGGGAGUAAGAACUCUUGACUUCAUACCAGAUGGAAGUUUUGUAUGCGAAUACGUAGGAGAGCUAUUGACAGAUGAAGAGGCCCAGGAGAGAAAGAAUGAUGAAUACCUAUUUGCUAUUGGGAACAGCUAUUAUGAUGCACCUCAUUGGAAGGCCGAGAUCAAGGCUAUUCCCUCUCUUCAGAAUGGCCCUAGUGAAGAUGAUGAAACUGUCUUUGCUGUUGCAUUGAACCGGGGCAACUUUGCAAGGUUCAUCAAUCAUUGUUGCACCCCGAACCUUUUCCCUCAGAAUGUCCUCCAUGACCAUGACAAUAUAAGUAUGCCUCACAUCAUGUUUUUUGCUAGUGAGGAUAUUCCUCCCCUUAAAAAGCUAUCAUAUGAUUACAAUUAUCAAAUAGAUAAGGUUUAUGAUUCUGAUGGUAACAUUAAGAUGAAACAUUGUUUUUGUGGGUCUAAUGAAUGCAAUGGACGGUUGUAUUAA